GCGCAAGGGGUCAACUUCAUGUUGCCCGAAACUUUUGUCCUGAAUAGAAAUAGGAGCUAAGGUUUGGGAAAGUGUGGUGGUGGGUUUACACACAAUCUGCAUAAAUUGAGAGAGCGCUGCACAAAUGGCAGAUAACAGAAGAGCGACGAUGGGAAAAGGAAAAGAAGCAGUGGUGGUGGUUGGAGCCCUAGCCUUCGCGUGGCUCGCGAUUGAACUCGCUCUCAAGCCCUUCCUUAGCAAGACCCGUGAAUCCAUCGACAAAUCUGACCCGACCCGUGACCCCGACGACGACGUUCCUCCCCCUCCUGCUGCUGCCGACGACGGCGGUGAAGAAAGCGUCGGAGAUGCUUGAAUUUGAGCGCUGUGGUUUCUCUCAUCCAUGUAACAUGUGAUCUUCCUUUUUUUAACAUUGUGAAUUUCUUCAUGGAAUAAUAUUAGCGUUUUGUGUU